GUCACAGGCUGAUGUGAUGCGGCUCACUGACCGGCUCUGUCUGUGUGUCUGUCUGUGUCUGUGUCAGGAGGAGUAAGUAUGAUAUCCUGAUGGAGUCCACGUCUAACCUCCUCUCUGAGCUGCCUGACAAGACCGGCAUCAUGAUGAAGAUCCGCGAGCAGCUGCGUGUGAGCGAGCGCACCUUCAAGCGCGUGUAUCAGUACAUGUUGGCCGCUAAGAUGGUGAGCGUGGUGAGGAUCCCUCUGAAGGAGCUCGACCCUGGCGGAGGCCCCUUCAAAACGCUUCGAGGCACUGACGUGUUCGUGCGCUGUCUGAAGCUGCUGAAGCCGUACGGACAGAAGGAGGCGGAGGAGGAGGAGGACGAGGAGAACAACGAUGAAGACGGAGAUGCGUGCGCCAGGAGGAGCGUCCUCGGCGAGCCGCGCAUCAUCGAGCGAGACAUGCUCACGCAGGCCUACGACAUCGUGGUGUCGACCGGGACCAGAGGGAUCUCUCAGUCGGCGCUGCGAGGACGACUCAACCUCGGGAAGCUGGAGGGACGCAUGAUCUGCAGAUUACUGGAGCGAAUCGGCAUGAUCAAGGGCUUCAUGGAGGACGAGGGCCGGCAGAGAACCACCAAGUACAUCAGCAAGCUGUUUGUGGAGCAGAGUCAGCUCAACCAGCAGUUCACUAAAGAGCGGCAGCGCAGCCAGCACCUGCGCGUCACACACCUCUCCGAACCCGAGCCCCAGAGCCGAGCGGAGCCGGGGCCCCCCGCCGGGGCCCCUGAGCAGCAAGUGAAGAAAGCACCGCAGAAAACACACGUACCCAAGCAGCUCAAACAACCCAAACUCAGCUUCAGCAAUCAGGCCACGCCCCCCAAAAAGAAGUCCUCGGCGCGAGUGGGCGGGGCUAAAGCCUCUCAGGAGGCUGAGGCUGCUGACUCCGCCCCCAGCACGAGAGCCAGCCAAUCACAGCAGCCGGAGGAUACUCAGUCCGUGAUCGUGGAGGUGCUGACGGAGAAGUCGAAGAAGGCGGAGGUUCACGAGACGUAUCGCCUGCUGAAACGCAAGAACAUGAUCAUCGAGGCGGUGCGCUGCAGCAAGAUCAUCGAGGGCUUUUACACGCUGCAGAAGCUGCUGACGGAGGAGGAGAAGAAGGACGGCAUCAGCACUAAAGUGUGUAAGAAGAGCGUGGUGAGGCUGAUCCGCUCGCUGUCUCGAGAGGGGCUUCUCAAACUCUACAGGACCAUCGUCAUACAGGACGGAGUGCAGAAGAAGGUGGAGUUCGUGGUUCACCCGUCUGUGACGCCUGAUGAUCCGCUGCUCAAAAGUGCUAUAGAGCAGAUCCGCCUGCGCAUGUCCAGCUCUGCCUCGGCCUCCCGCGCUGAGCCUCAACCGGAGAAGCCGAAGCCCAGCGCUCCGGAGGGGAAAGAGAGUAAAGCGUCGCGAGCGUCUCAGAGCAGCGGCCUGAAGAAAGUGUCCGAGCAGAUGGGCGUCAAAGCACUGAAGUCCUUCAAGCCGGUGCUGGUUCCAGGACUCGGCCGCUCCAUGGGCUUCCUGCCCAAGAUGCCCCGUCUGCGCAUGGUGCACUCCUUCCUGUGGUACCUGAUCCACGGCCAGCCGCUGCGCCGCUGUGCUCCGGACGCUCCGCCGCCAGAGGAGGACCCCUGUGUGACUGAAGGACAGUUCAGGGUGUUCGUGAAGGAGAACAGCUGGAAGAGGUACAUUCCUCCCAUCCCGCUGCACAAGGACUUCGGCUUCGGCUGGGCUCUCAUCAGUGAUGUUCUGGUGUCUCUGCCGCUCAGUGUCUUCAUGCAGGUCGUGCAGGUCAACUACCAGGUUGAGGGUUUGGAGCAGUAUCUGAAAGAUCCAGUGAAGCAGCAUUAUCUGAUCCGAUUCCUGCCUGCUGAGAUUAAACGACAGCUGCUGCACAAGAGGAAGUACAUCUUCAGUUUCCACGAGAGUCUGCAGCGGUUGUGUUUCAUGGGUCUGCUGCAGUUUGGCCCCACUGAGAAGUUCAUGGAUAAAGACCAGGUGUUUGUGUUCCUGAAGUCGAAGGCCAGGAUCGUGGACACGACGGUGUGUGACCCGCACUAUAACAUGGCCAUCGAGAGCCUGCGUCCGUUUGAGAGGAGACACUACGUGUUCAGCAGCGCGCAGGAGGUGGAGAACUACUGGUUCGACCUGCUAUGUGUGUGUCUCAACACUCCUCUAGGUGUGAUCCGGCCGCGUCCAAGCGGAGAUGCAGCGGAGAUGGAGGAAUCUGAUGUUGUCAUGGCAACGGAGCGUAACUCCAGGCUGCUGUACACGUUACAGGGCAGUUGUGAUGUGGUGGAUGAUGGCUUUACCCCCGGUGACGGGCAGGGAGCAGGCGGACUGGACUCAUCCUUCUUCAGCCAUCUGAAACGCAACUGGACCUGGACCAGUCACCUGAUCAACCCCAGCAAACAGAGCACUGAAACCCAAAAGACAGGAACCCAUCCUACGGUCAGACUGAGGAACCUGCUGUCCAAACUCCCUCCGCCCAAACCUGCCACGCUCACCGCGGCUCAGAGCGGCGUGAAGGCGGCGCCCCCUGCUGUCCUGGAGGAGGAAGUGCGCACCAGCUCAGAGCCGUCCAGCAGGAACCAGGAGGUGCGCGGAGGACGAAACCUCAAACGCAAGAGAGAGAAGAAGGAGAGCAGCAAACCCGCCCGCAAGAAGAAGAGAGUGUCAGGGCGCGUGAGCAGACAGAGCCAGGCUCAGGACGAGACGGACCGCCGCGCUCUCCUGCAGAUGACCAGACAGAGAGUCACCUGGACACACAUGGAGGACAGCCUGCUGAUGCUAUGCCGCGUCGCCAGCCACUUCCUCAACCGCAAGCUGAAGAGGCGGUUCGUGCCCUGGACGGUGGUGCGUGACGUGCUGCAUGCUGAGUUUGAGUUAUCUCUGGAUAAAACAUCGCUGUCUGUCGGCCGGCGCGCACGCUACAUCAUGAAGAACCCGCAGACCUGCCUGAACUACAGGAUUUGUCUGGCUGAGAUGUAUCAGGAUAAAGAGCUGAUGGCCAAAUUCAUGAACUGGACUGGCGACUAUAAUGAUGUGAAGGUGUGUGCUGCGGAGUAUAAGGAGUUUGUUCGCUCUCUGAGGUCAAAGUUCAGCACCAGCUACGGCUCCAGCGACGUCAUCAUACCAGACACCAGAGAGCAGCUCUUCAACAAGUUUAAAGUGUUCGCUAUCGCAGACGGAUCAACUGAACGCACUAAAGACAUCAUCAAGAGGAAGGAGGACAUUCAUGUUCUGGUGCUGUUUAAUUUGAUUCAGAGCACACUAGUGCUCACCAACGCCCAGAUGAAGAACUACAGGCCCUUCCAGACGUUCUGUCUCUACACGCGCUACAGGGAGGAGGUUUUGUCUCAGGCCUUCCAGACGUGUCGUAAUCGUGCGCUAGUGAACCGCCGGCGGCCCACGUCCAUCUACGGCCUGAAGAAGUGCCACGCGCUGCCUUUCCUGCCCAUGUCCUACCAGCUCUCACAGCACUACUACAAGUUCUUCACGUGGCGUUUCCCCAGCACCAUCUAUAACGAGGCGUUCGAUCUGCUGACGGGUUUGUGCGAGGCCGGCGGCAGCGACAGACCCAACAGCUUCUCCUUCCAGAAGGAGCCGGAGACGGACGAGGACGAGACGCAGGGCAUGCUGCAGUUCCCCAUGGACGCUCCGGGGGGCGCCAGCGCCUGCUGCCUGACCCUCAUGACCCUGGGGCUGCUGUCUGUGGACAUCAGCAUCCCGCAGCAGAUCGUGGUGGUGGACAGCACGCUGAUGGACAGCGACGUGGUCAAGAGUCUCACUAAAGCGCUGGAGGAGGAAGAAGAGGAGGAGGAUGACGAGAGGAAGAGGAGGCUGGAGGUCAAACCCACUCAGGCGUCUCACACUAAUUACCUGCUGAUGAGGGGAUAUUACACACCUGGAGUCCUGCGCUCACAGACACACAACUCCAACAGCACCGACAGCAUCAUGGUCAACACCUGCAACGUCCACCUGCAGCUGAGACAGACGCCCACAAACACACUCUUCAGCAGCAGCGGUCAGCACAAA